CUCCCUAUGUGACAGUUGUUAAUCAAAAUCCAGUUCAAGCCAAGCGGUUUGGCGAUUUGGUGUUUGAGCGUUUGGUUUGGUUUUGUGAUUUGGUAUUAAUAUUUAAUUUGUAAUAAGCUCAGUGUUCUAUGUUAUGGAUUUUAUCAGUUCCCAUUUUUGAUAAACAAAGAAAGAGUUACUGCUAAAUGUAUAAUUAAAUAGGUGUAUGCUGAUCGCAAUCAAAGACAAAAAAUCAUUCAAUAUGGCUGCUAGCAACGUGUUCGAGAGCGAUUCCUUCAACCGUAAGUUUGUGGACAAGAUAGUGGAAUAUCACGAACGACUUCUGCAAGGCGAUGAAGUAUCCGUUUGGCAGCAGAUCGCUUUGGAGCUGGGCAACAAUUGGGAACUGGACUGCGGCGAUCUUCGCUGGCAGGACCUGAGCCGGCACUUCAAACGCAGCUUGGUAUUUAAGCUGACCCACCGGAAGUGGAUCCCGGAUCAGGGAUUGAUCGAUCGGUUGCAGUAUCCGUAUUUGAGGAAAGUCUAUGUAGUGUCGAUUCAAUUCUACGAGAAAGGCAACACAAACGGUCGAACUCUCAGCAGCAGUGAAAUCGAGGAAAACAGAUUGUUUAUUAAAUACUCACUGGACGGUAGGUACGAUCCGGAAGUGGUGGCGGCUUUCAAACGACGAAGUAGAAAGGGAUCGCGAGUUUAUGUUUAUAUCAAUGUGGGAGAUCCGGUGUACAACUUAUCGGACGAUGGGAAGAAGCUCCUGCUGCAAAUAGAACAUCACCGAAAGGAGCGGCCGCAUUUUAAUGCAGACACAAAUGAGAAGGAAAGCUCGCCUGUGGUGUUAGAUGGUGUUCCGGUGGCCAUCGAAGAUGGAAGUCCUGGUGCGAAACAUUUUUCGGCCCGUGAUUUGCUUGAGAAGGAAUCGUUCACAGUGAACACCCAGGAGUACGAUGACAUUAUUAAGGAAUCAUUAGAACGGGAAGUACCACCAGUUGCGAAAAAGCCACGCAUAGACGAUUUAGAUGCGGUUGAGAUAUGGCUGGAAUCGAAUGAAAUACUAAGCAGAUCUUCGUCUAUUGCCGUCGGGUCGGAAGAUCCUCUCCACAUAUCCUCUAGGAGCGAGCCUGAACGAAUUGGUCAGCCAAUAAAUAUACCAGAAGGUUCUGUUUCAGAUCCUGUAUUUAUCCCGUCAAGUGAUAAACGUCCAGGAAAGAGUUUUAUCUCCGAAAAUCAUUCAUUGACGGCAGAUUCAGUUCAAAUCAAACAAGAAUCUAAGGAUAAAAGAGGAGAUAUUUCAAAGGCCACCUCCAAUGUUUAUGAUAUAUUUACGGACUCCGAAGACGAGGAAGAGCAGAUUUUAAGUAAAUCUGAAUGUUCCAAUAACAGUCAACUAGCAAUUGAAAAGCACGUAGGUGAUCAACGGUCUCAUCAUGAUGAAUCGGUGGCUGGGAGUAAUAAUUCCCCAAUGAAAAGUUGUAUAGAUACAGAAGCGGAGGUUUCUCUUCCCGCCUCUGCCGGAAAUGGUCAACCAAUAAUUGCAACAGAAGAAACGCUUAUUGUCAAACCAGAGCCUGAGGAUAAAAAGGAAGUGAUUCCAACAACUAUCCGUUUAAAUCCUGCUUUUAAUCCAUAUGACAUUUUUACGGAUUCGGAAGACGAGGAUGACGAUGUAGAUAUAUCUGAUACAUCCAGAUUAGUUAGCAACUCGCUGAUUGAUAAUCAGCUAUCUGAAAUCGAUUACUCUACUGAGAAUAAUGCCACAGCUACGGAAGCGCCUAGAAAUAAUCCUGAAAAGGAAUCCCCUACUGUAUCCGCCCAGCAUCAUGCAAUUCAAAGUGAACAUUGUGAAUCUGAUGCAAAUUUGACAAUCUCGGAUCCUUCAAAUCACUCAGACGAUGAAGCAUCCGAAAAUUAUAGGAUGGUGAACCAAAUUCAAGCACCAAUCGUCGACAGUACAUCCGAGACAGAACAACAAACUAGAAAUCUCACUGAUGAAGCCAUCCCUCCACGAGUCCUAACGACAGCGCAUAAAGUGUCAGCUCCAGCGGCAAUUGUGUACCGCAACAGUGCGGGUUCUAGCGGUUUUCCAGUGCUGAACAAUUCACUCGAAUCGGUUCCUCUACACUUUAUCGCCAAAAAACAGUACCUCUUGACUGCCGCGGCAGAAUCAGCCGGUGAUGAUUCGUCAGAAGUUGACAACUCCGUCGUGGAAACCAAUGAAACGGACGUCGCUUCCUCGAACACCGCUACAAAAAGUAGUUCUGGUGAUUCGCAGGCACUCCUUAUAAACACGCCUCACACAACUAGCAAGCAAGGAAACAUCACCAACCAUUCAAUGGAAACAGACAAUUAUUCAGAUCUUCGUACAGAACGUUUCCAGAUCAAUCUUCAUUUCGGAUCUCAAUCGCCGAAUUUGCAGGUCUACAUGAACGAUUUACGAAGCGACAAAUUGAAGACACCAAUUGAACCAGAAACAUCAGAGCCACUCGCCACCAAUGUUGAAUCUCCAUUUUCGGAAGAAAACCACGAUCGCAACCGUAUUAUACCAGUCCAGUCCAAUCCAUCCACCCAAAGUUCCCUUUCAUCAGAAGAAUCCAACAAACUGGUAAUCACUUGGUCGCCGAAAUCUACUUCCAACUCCUCAAACUCAACUCAAAUCCCGGCUGUACUGUCGCCACCCACGGCAACGUCUCCGACAGGACAAAGACUAAUGAGCGAACCCCACGACGCGAUUCGAUCAACUAUCGAAACUCGGUUACGAUUUCAAGCCGUACUGCGUUCGUUGUGGCCAGAACUGUUUGCAAGGAGCGGCAUUUUUUGCGACUUCCAACAUCUAGUGUCGGUGCUGGCGGUGAACAUUUUUCCCCUGUUGCAACCCUCAACCGGCCCAGGCGCUAUGGCCCUACACCGGAUGGUUAGCCCAAUUGCAUGCGGUUUAGCAUACGGAUACUUCGAGCCGAAUGAGAACAGUCAAACGUGCGAUAGAUGUGCGAGAAAUGGAACGCAUGUACGCGUCGAAAAAAAUACUACUGUUCGUCGAAGUGCAGACGAAGACCGCACAAAAAAUGAACGCACAUGUUUAGAAGCGGAAGUUUCCGUUGAUGGAAGUUCAACUUCAAGUGGAGAAAAUCUUACGACAAGUAUUCCAACGAUAAUACUUUCCGAUGAUGAUGAUGAUGAAGAUUGUAUAGUGGAGUUACCUGUAAGAACGAGACGAAACUAUAGGCUACAUCAAUAAACUCCUACUGUUAAAAACAGGUGAAGACAACCAAAAGGAAUGUGAUAUUUAUUCUAUAAA